AUGGUGGUGGAGUGGGCGACGGUCUCGCACCUCCGGCUGCCCAAUGGGAAAGCGUCGAACACAUGUGUUGGGCAGCGGGGGAAGUCCAUAGUGGAUCUCACUUUGACUAACCCCGCUGUCGCACGCAGAGUAACUGCAUGGAAAGUGUCCCGAGAGGAGACGCUCUUGGACCACCUCUACAUUAGAGUGUUGAUGACAGAGAGGGCGGCAACAACUAGAGGGGUUGUUGCUCGGUGCAAAUCUACUGAGCGCUUCGCCCACUAUGACGAAGACUUAUUGGCGGCUACAGCGAUGGCCGUAACAUGGAUGGCGGAGGCCUCUUCGACGGAGACUGCUGGCGGGCAGGCUUCGGAGAGAUAUCGCUGUUGUUUCCAAGCUUGCUUCGCUAAGCGAACCGGUGCCGUGUACUGGUGGACGGGAGAACUGAACCGGUACACGAGGUCCCAGCGGCGGGGCCGAGUAGAUGUAUCUAAGAUGGCAGCGCUGUAUGAUGACUACCGCGACACGCACAGAUCUCUGCAUCGAUUCAUCAAGGAUGCAAAAGCGCGGGCGUGGGAGCAGCUCUUGGCUGCCCUGGAGUCGGAUCCGUGGGAGCGCUCAUACCGGAUGGUGCAGGCGAAGCUCCGUCCAUGGACGCCCCCGGUCACGGAGACAAUGGAAUUGUUGGACAGUUGUGACGGCUCUCUUCCCACCAGUGGGGGAAGAGACGAGGCUACCAAUGUCCUGGCCCACAGGCAUAGGAGCGGACUGGACCCCUGA